UGCAAACCAAAAUGCCCCAAGUGAUAUUAGUCUCUUCUUUGUUGGAGCUUCUGCAUAGACCCUAGUUUCCAAGAGGAAUUAACAUCUUGUAGGAAUUGCAGGUGGUUGGCACCUGUGAAAGGGUUAGUAGAAAAUUAUUCAGAAUUUGAAACUUUCUCAAUGCAGGGAAAAACUUUAGUUCUUGGGGAGAUUGAGCCUUGUCUCUUACGCCUGUUUACCAGUUGGUGAAGUAGAUGAUACUGGCUUGUGAUGUGUUUCAGUUAGACACACAGGCUGCCCUGGUCACCUCCAGCUGGGGCGCAGGGAAGCCUGCAGGCUCUGGGAAAGCCAGGGCCUUGCCUUGGUACAUCACUUCUCCGUUUCUGGGGCUGGGGACCCUGGGGACAGGGAAAAUACCACCACAUGGGUUGGGGUUUGUUACUGCAGGUGUCUGUUAGGUGCUGCGGAGCUUGCACUCUUUUUUAAAAAAUCAUUUUUCUAGUCUUUUGACAGCAGUGAACUGUAUUACAAGCUAUCACAGGACAGGUGCAAGUGCUGUAAUUAAUGUAAUAGCAUUCAGCUGAUAAAGCAAACAGCUUUUUCACUUCUGAGGACAGCAAAAUCCCAAAUGCCCCAACUCGCCGAAUUGAUCUUUCUUCCAUAAACCAGCCCGAGCGCCGGGCGAUGGCUCCGUCUCUGCCAAGGGAGCAGCUGCGAGCAGGGCUGGGUGUGCAAGCCCCAGCCUGCGGGUUUCGUGUGUUGUGGGGGAUGUUUGGGGGUGGGGGUUGCCGCUCAUUUCGAGGAGCAGGCGGAGGCGCUGGGAGCUGUCCCCGGGCGCCCCUCGGCCCGGCCGCACGGCCGGUUUUCCCUUGCCCGCCCGCGGCCCCGCUCAUUUCCGGGUCGGGGCUGCCUGUAGCGCUAACGGCGGCUCCGCUCGCCCGCUCCCCCGGGCAGGGCGGCCGCAGGUGCCCGCUCCGCGCCGCUCCACUCCCGCUUUCCCGGGUCAGCUCUUCCAUUUGCCCCUGUCCUGGAGUAAAAGACUUUGAGAAGAUGGAUAACCAGAGGGGAGCACUCUUGGGUUGUGUCCACUGGGAAGAAGAGGAAGGGGAUGAGGAGGAUGGGGUGGCUCCUGGUGCUUCUCCUUCUAGCCAAAUGAGCAAACUGGAAGAUGUGCAGGUGGAGAUGCUCGAGAAGGCAAGGGAGCUCUUCCAGCUGUGCGACAAGGAUGAGAAGGGUUUUAUCACCAAGGUGGACAUGCAGCGGCUCCAGAGUGAACUCCCCCUAACCCUUGAGCAGCUGGAGACUGUUUUCGAGAGCUUGGAACAGAACAAUAAUGGAUACCUGACGCCUGUGGAGUUCAGCAUGGGACUAGGAAAGUUAAUAGGGAUUGAAUUGUGUCAAGGGGCUGGGAGAAUGGAUCACUCCAGACAUGAGGAGACCUUUGAGUCAGGCUGGUCAGAUGACUUGGACCCAGCAGAUGAUGAUGAAGAUAAACGAUUCUGUUCCGUGAUGGAGCAGUUUGGAGCAGCCCAUAUGUUUGAAGAUCCACGUGAGAUUCGGGACCUCUGGGCUCGGCUACGAAAGGAGCGUCCGGAGCUCUUAUCUAAUUUUGAAGAGUUUCUGUUGCGUGUUUCAUCAUACGUGAGGGAGGUCAAUCAUGAGAAGGAGUCUAUGGAACAGGCAUUGAAGCGGAAGGAGACAGACCAUGACCGAGAAGUCAGGUGCCUUUAUGAAGAAAUGGAGCAACAGAUCAAAGCAGAAAGGGAGAGGCUGAUCUGCCAGGAAGCACUGAGACGUGACAGGAGUAACUUGCUCCAGAAGGAACUGUGCAGCAAAGAGCAGGAGCUGGAGAAAAUCCUCUGCCGCCAGAAGAAGCUGGAACAUCAGCUACAGUCUCUGAACUCAGAGCAACUAGAGACCCGUGUGCAGAAUGAAAGGCUCCGACACCUGAAUGAAAACCUGCUGGAAGAGCUGGAGAAAAGCAAAUGGGAGCUGGAGGUAGUGAAGGGGCAAUUACAGAAGCUCCAGAAAGAGGCCCAGCUUGAGCAAGAGCAGAAGGACAGGGAUGUGUAUAGAGUCUCCAAGAACAUGCGGAAAGAGAAACAAAGCCUCCUUCGGCAGCUGGAGCUCCUCAGAGAGAUGAACAAGAAACUUCGAGAUGAGCGAGAUGCUUUUGAAGCCAAGAAGCUGGCACCUCAGAGCAGAAAGCUCCUGUUGAAGAAAGGGUCAGUGCUAGGCAGUUACCUGAUGGAUGACAAGCCGGUCAGACGAAAACUGGCCUCUGUGGACCUUCCCUUCGCCUUCCCAGUGGAUGUGGCUGUGGAAGAACCCAACAGGAAGAACUGUAAAUACUUCCCAGGCAACAGAACAGGGCUGAAGACAGGAAAAGGAGACAGUACAAACUUUGGAGAGAAGAGCAGAGACAAGGAGAGAUGGUCAUUGGCAGCAGAUGCUGAGUGGUUGAAGAUGACUUUGAAGGGUGAUGCUGAUGGUAGAAAAAAUGCAGAUGGAUUAGAUGAUGCACUGUUGCCUCCUAGAGAACAGCCUGUUGGCACCGAAACCAGGCUCCAGGCACUGGAACCAGCCAGCUGUUUCCCAGAGCGCAUUUUUAAAGUGGUGUUUGUAGGUAACUCAGGCGUUGGGAAGAGCUCCUUCAUCCACCGCUUCUGCUAUGACAGGUUUUUGGCUGAACUCAAUGCAACCAUCGGUAUUGAUUAUCAGGUGAAGAGUCUUAUGGUGGAUAACACCCAGGUUGCCUUACAGUUGUGGGAUACAGCUGGACAAGAAAGGUUUCGGAGCAUUACCAAGCAGUACUUUCGGAAGGCGGAUGGGAUUCUGGUGAUGUAUGACAUUACAGCUGAGUGCUCCUUCAUGGCGGUGCGGAACUGGAUGAGCAGUGUCCAGGAAGGUAUCGACGAUGGAGCAGUGGUCUUUCUGCUUGGAAAUAAAAUGGAUGCUGCGCAAAGAGAGACCCGAAAUGUGCCCAAGGUGGAGGGGGAAAGGCUGGCGAAGACAUGUACUGAGGUCCUUCUGGUACCAGGGAGGAUGAGGUCGUGGCCAGCACGUGGGAGAUAGUGGCCCUUGAGUCAUGCUCGUGUAUCUCUCUUGAGGCCUGAUGCCUCCUUAACCAUGAUGCUCACUGGGAGGAUGCAUGGCUGUUCUCCCAUUUGAGGACUUCCCUAAGUUGCAUGCUCUGCAAAACCAUCCUGCCUCCUUCCUCACUCUCUGCACCUGGAUGCUUACUAGUACCUUGGCCCCUGGGUGGGAGAAAGCAGGGUGUCAGAGGUGUUCCCCAUCUUCUAGACUCCACAGCACAAAGGAAUACAAGGCUGUCUUCUAUGAGUGCAGUGCGAUGACUGGCUAUAACAUCAUGGAGUCCAUGCUGCACAUGGCCAGGUUGCUGACAGCACAAGAAGACAGGCAGAGGGAGAAUGCCCUGCAGCUGGAAGAUGUCAGCAGGAGGAAAGGGUGCUGCACAUAAAGCU